AUGAGGCUUUUGCAGCUCGGUUUUGUAAUCGCUUUGGCCUCUGGACUCGCAACAAUUCUUAUUCACAUCACUGGUGUCUCCAAUCCGGAUUCGUCGUUUCAUAUUUCGGAUGAAGAUUUGGAAGCGCUGAGAUCCCUGCAGAGUCAUUUCCAGCAGUGCGUAAGUGCAAAUGGAUUAGGUUUACAAGCUGUAAGCGGCAAGGAUUACUGUGAGAUCACUAUGAAGUUUCCCAGGGAAACAGUCCCAAAGUGGAGAGAUCCUAAAACACAAGAACUUGAAGGCUUGUCCUUUGAUUUCAAUCUAUGUGAAGCAGUAGCUACAUGGGAACAGGUGCGGAAUACUACAACGAUACUAACACGGGAGUACAUCGAUGCUUUACCAAAUGGAUGGGAGGAUUAUGCAUGGAGGAGGAUCAAUAAGGGAGUGCUUCUGAACAAAUGUGAAAAUAGAACUCUCUGCAUGGAGAAACUUUCUCUGGUUCUCCCAGAAAGACCGCCAUACAUACCGAGGCAGUUUGGACGCUGUGCUGUUAUUGGUAACUCGGGUGAUCUUCUGAAAACCAAAUUUGGCAAUGAAAUAGAUAGUUAUGAUGCAGUUGUCAGGGAGAAUGGAGCGCCUAUACAGAACUUUACAGAAUAUGUGGGUACGAAAAGUACGUUCCGCCUUCUCAACAGGGGUUCUGCUAAAGCUCUUGAUAAAGUUGCUGAGUUGUAUGAUACAGGGAAGGAGGUCUUGAUCGUCAAAACUACAAUACAUGAUAUCAUGAGCAAAAUGAUCAGGGAAGUUCCAAUUCUCAAUCCAGUAUUUCUCAUGCUGGGUUCGUCCUUUGGUUCAGCUGCAAAAGGAACUGGGCUGAAGGCUCUUGAAUUUGCUCUCUCCAUGUGUGACACUGUUGAUAUGUACGGUUUCACUGUUGAUCCAGGUUAUAAAGAAUGGAGUAGAUAUUUCUCGGAGUCUAGACAAGGUCAUACCCCUCUACAUGGUAGGGCUUACUAUCAAAUGAUGGAAUGCCUCGGACUUAUCAAAAUCCAUUCUCCAAUGCGAGCGGAUCCAAAUCGGGUUGUGAAGUGGGUACCAAGCCGCAGCUUAAUUACUGCCGCCCGAAUUGCAUCAGAAAAGCUGUUAAGGAGGAUAGGAGCUGGAUCUACAGAUCCACUAGCUGCAUGCUCUAUCAUCAAGAAGCAACAGGAUGGAAAGCUCACCUCAAUGUCAGGCUUUAGGAAAGCUGCCAUCGAGCAUCAAAAGUACGUAGAAGGCACCACAAUGUAUCCUUUGGAACACAAUCCAGGACACGGCCUACUCUGUACAGUGCCAUGAAAUUGAAGCUGAUUUUCAAGUCAUAUAGCGCAAGAUACCUGAAAUUUUUACGCAUCAAAAGUUGCUAAUUUGUCCCGGAGCGUCUAACCAAACCAUUGUUACCCACACCAUGCGGUAAAUUUUUUAUCUGACAGUAUUCCAGGUACUGCUCUGAAGGCUCUAUUUUUCUAAGCAGGGAAGGAAUGCAGAAGAUGACCAGGAAUGUAUGGGUUGUUUUUUUCUUCAUUCUGGCAUUCAGCAUUCUAUAAACCUUAGCUGAUAGUAUACUGAAGGAACAAUAUUCUUCUAAGUAGUUGUGAUUCUUAUAGUCAUGUAAAAACUCCUCUAGAAUCCAAAGUCAUGCUUUCCUUGGAGCAACAUAAUAUUCGUGUGUAAACUUUUGCCUCUUCAGGAACAAUAAGAUUCAUAUAAAUAUUCUUUUAUA